AACAAACAUCUGAAUUUCAGUCAAUUUCGGGAAGAUUUUAGCAAAAAUUAGCAUAAAAUAGCAGUUUUGAAGCCCGAAAAAUGGCAGUAGCGAAUCCUGUGGACUUUACAUGGGAUACUGAAGAUGAGAUUCAGUUGUUUUUCGCUCUUGAUGGUCUUCGUCCCUUUGGGCAAAACAAACACUUUAACAUGGCUUUGCUCGUUGAAAGACUCGUCAAUAAGCUCGGAAAAGAGAUAAACAGCACAAUUUUAUGGGCAAAACUCAAAACGAUGUACAAUUUAGCUGCUCUUGACGAACUCGAGCCGCCCGUUGUCGAUGCCGAAGAGUCGGAUUUUGCGUUGCCGGAAAGUUGGUGUGUCAAAACGAGUACGGUAGAAAAUCCUGAUGACGCAGACGACGAUACGGAAAGCAAAAUGAGCGAAAAAUCCGAAACGCCUGCUUCGACACCCAUUUCCAACACUCCAACAAACGUCGCAAAAGAAGAGGAAAAAUCUCGAACUCGUAAUUCGACGCCGGCACGAGAUACAAAAGACACAGAAGACAAAAAUUCGACAAUUAAACGAACACAACCGAAACGUACGAGAGCAUCUACCUCAACUACUGACACGCCAAACAGCUCGCCAUCUACUCCAACGCCAACGGGAAUGAAACGUCGUCGAAUUUGA